AUGGAGAAACCCUCUCCAGUCUACUUUACGCACGAGAUGGCAACCAGUGCGUCGUGGUCGCUUGGGACACAUGAACUGAAGGAAUGCGAUUCCGGUUUGGAUGUUAAGGCCAGGGAUCCCUUGAACCCGAGGAACUGGUCGUCGGCGCGGAAGACAAUGCUCUUCGUGUCGCUGAUGACGAGUUCGUUGUUAGCAGAUGGGGCUAUGGUCUGGGGUGGAACGCUGGUCACGGAGCAGGCCAUGGAUUGGGAUAUUAGCAUCGCUCAUUCGGCGACGAGUAUGAAUUAUGGUAUUCUGCUGCAGGGGUUUGGGGGGAUCUUUGCUGUUCCGCUCAUUGAAGCGUAUGGUCGUUUGCCGAUCUGGCUGUGGCCUCAGGUGAUCACCAUGUUCAUGGUGCUGGGUGCUACCCUCUCCAAUGAUUGGUCUACCUUCACGACGUUCCGCUCUUUGCAGGGUCUGUUUGGGACAGUGCCUCAGGUAAUUGGGCUUCCAAUCAUUCAUGAUAUGUAUACCUCGGCCGAAUGGCCGCGAAUGAUCAAUAUUUGGGGCACCACCUUCCUCGUCGGGCCAUUCCUCGGUCCCGCGAUAGCAGGAUACAUCGGCGCCGGGUCAGAUUGGCGUACCUCCUUCGGAGUCCUGACAGCCAUUUAUGGCGUGUCCACGGCAAUGGUGAUCCUGUUCGGCUAUGAGACAUACCAUGAGCCUGGACGAACAACCAAGCAGUCCCGCCUCGCGUCUUAUUUUGGCAUUGGCAAUACCCUGCUUCCCAAGGGAUCGACAUUGAGAUAUUGGAGCCGAACGGUCGUGGUCUAUGUGUUUAAGUUCCCGCUGUUGAUGACUGGCAUGGCUAUCUUGGUAACAUUUACCUGGCCAAUUGGAAUCACAACCACCAUCGAUACUUUCCUGCACAGCCCCCCAUAUUUGUUUGACACGAUCGGGGCAUCAUCGAUGCGAUUCGCCGGUGUGAUUGGAGCUUUAUGUGGCUGGGCAGUUGGCCAUUUCUUCAAUGGCUGGAUCUUCAAGUACCAUGGCUCAACAUGGAGAACCGAGCUCCGCCUCCACGGCGUCUGGUUCCCGAUAGGUAGCAUGGCCAGCGGUCUCCUCGCGUACGGACUAACCAUGCACUUUGGCAAGCACUGGAUUGGGAUAGCCACUGGGUGGAUCAUGGUGAACAUCGGCAUGGUAGCCACGAUUGUUGCCAUCUCGGCCUAUGCAUUGGAAAAAUACCCGGAGCAGGCGACCUGUGUCUCGGCCAUUCUGAAUAUGUGGCGCACCUGCGGCGGGUUCGCGGUGGGAUACUUUCAGCCUGCGUGGAUACAGCGCAAUGGGCUCGGACUGGUUUUUGGUAUUCAGGCUGUCAUUGUGUGUAUGGCUGUUGCCUUGACUAUCACUCCUGUGUUCUUGUGGGAACGGAAAAGGCGGUUGAGAGUUGGAGCUGAAGCUGAAGCUUAA